CCUGGCUCUCUGUCCUAGACUGAGGUUGGCUGGUUAGUUGGUCGGUUGUGUGGUAUUUGUCUCUUUCUCGUCCUACUUCCCUCCUCCAGGACCCUGCCUCUAUCUUGACGCCUGUGAUUGUAACAUCUCCUCAACCUCUCUGGAGCGAUACAGGUAACCCUGAACAGGUUAGAUGCUUUCUUGAUUAAGUCACAACUGGGUGGCAUGAAGGUUCACUGUCUGAUUCUGUAUAUACGGUAUUGUCUGUGUAUGUGCUUGUUUGUGUAUUCUUAUAUGCAGAUUCAGUGCACAGAUCACAGAAAGACAGUACCAAUGUCAAUGUCUUCUCCUCUGUCAUUGAUCCAAUUCGCUCUCUCCUUACCCCGCCCACCAGGUGAUCAUGCUGCCUAAUUGGUCAAACAUGACCCUCCACCUGGAGGACUCUCUGACCCGUGCCCUGGGCCAUUACCUUGACAACUGGAGCCGGAACUCCUCGAAGGCAGCACAGGCUCUGGACAACACCCUGGCAGAGGAGAACUUCAGGAACGUCAUCUGGUAUCUGAUAGUGAUGAUCGGAAUGUUUGCCUUCAUCGUCGUGGCGAUCCUGGUGAGCACGGUGAAGUCGAAGCGGCGUGAGCAUUCUAACGACCCCUACCAUAAAUACAUCGAGGAAGACUGGACCGCCCAGCUCCAACAGCAGAGUUUCGUCAUCAACAAUCCCACGGCCAACUAACCUAAUGUAUAUGCACACGCCAUAUACAAACACCAGUGGUGGAAAGAGUACCCAAUUGUCAUAUUUGAGUAAAAGUAAAGAUACCUU